AUGAGCAUGACUAAGGAUGCUGCGUCCAGGAGUGGAAGUUAUGUCCGGCUCUCCAGAGCCGGCAGUGAAGUGCGCGAAGAGCGCUGGGGCCAGGACCGAUUGGUCCUCGCCAAUCAGAUCCAUAACCUCCUCGUUACUAUCCGCUCCAGUGGGAGAUUCGGUGCCAAGGCACGAUUCCUCGACGCGGGGUAUGUAGCGGAGCACCCGCUUCUUCUUCAGCUCAAGGCGCUCCAGCGUCAAGUUAUGACACCAACUCUGGUGCGCCACAUCAGCGAGGAGAGGAUUCUCCAGCCAUUCUGCGACCUCUGUUCAAGUAGUGAGAUGAAUGAAACAGUAGUUGGCGUCGCAUUGACGUCCCUGUCUAACCUCAUCGAUCUCCGAUGCACUUUUAUUACGAAGGAUGGCCUCAAGAAGGUGAUCUUCUCAACUCGUACCAGAAAGGGUGAACUCGCUGACAGCACCACGUAUGAAGUGGUGCUUGCCAGGCGGCUUCAAUUGUGCGUGAGCUGUGCGAGUCAUCCCUCUGCGAGCGCGUUGCCUGAACGCCUUUACGUUGAUAUGGUGCGUCGCGCCUACACACUGGCAACCCACCCUGGGACUAGUCCGCUCCUUCGUCGAACGGCGGAACAGGCAAUGAAGUCUAUUGCAUCGUCUCUUUAUACUUUUGUCGUGGAACACAAACGAAUUAACACAAAACUGGACGAUAGCGGGAGGAUGGAGGAGGAGUUAGGACUGAGCGGAACAUUUAUGCUACGGUACAUUUGUAGUCUCAUUAAUGGCGUCGACGAGGAGGAAGACUCUACUAAGUCGAAUCCGCGCUCUGACACAAAGGGGCCGUCGAAGGUCGCGGUUGUACAACUUGAAGGGUUGUGGUUGGUGCAAGCGAUGCUCUUUGUAGUGAAGGACUACCUCUGUGAGGCUGGAUGGGAGGACCUUCUUUACGGUGUUCAGCACGAUCUUUGCCGUGCUCUAUUGGCUAAUGGGGUGAACACAGAGAACGUCAUUGUUCUCUCUCAGAUACUUCGAACAGUACAUAUUGUUGUGAAAACGGCCUCCAUGCGAGUGGUGCCACAGACUUUUUCAUUUAUCAAGGCUCUGCAUCUUGACCCAAUUAUGCGCAUCACGGAGGACCUCCGCACAGGGCAAACAUCGCCGGGAAAUGUAGCUUCCCCCCGGGUGGCGGCAGCAGCGGUACCCCCACUCCCCAAUGGUCCUGCGCUUCACCUGAGCGCGUCUCAGGUGCUAGAGUUGUACGAAAGGCGGGAGCUUCUUUUGGAGAGUCUCGUGGAGUUUUGCAGCGAUGCAAACUUUGCUGCGUUUUGCUAUGCGCAGUAUGACCUCUCGCGGCGCUUCCUCCCGCUUCUGGAUCGUCUCUGCAAUGUACUCGUGGAAAACUGUUUUUAUAUGAGUGAUAGGGAGAGCCCGGGUGGAGCGCGAAAGGGGGAACGCAUCGGGUAUGCCGGCGACUUUGGUGUAGAGGAGGCUUUAAAUCAAAUGGAUGUGCUUGCUUUAGAGGCAAUUAAUGGCCUUUUGCGUCAGACCACAUUAAUGAUUGCUCAGCCCGGUUCACCUGCGCCGGAAUUAACGGUGUUCAUUGAGGCGCGGCUAGAGGAGAAAAAGCUGCUCAUGGAAUUCGCGUCUCUCUUUUGCAGCGAUGCUGCAAAGGAUGGAAUUCCAUUCCUUCUUAGGGAGGCGACGCGUGUGCCUGCCGGAUCACCCCUACUUACAGGAAAAGGUGUAGGAGGAGUGAAUACACCUGCAUUGAUUAUUGAAGAGCCUGCCGGUGGUCGUGAAGUGGGUGCCUGUCUUUUCCGCCUCAGCGACAUACUUGACAAGCGCGCACUGGGCGACUACCUUGGCGACCUGGGGCGCGAGCCGGCAGCGCCAAGUCCAGAGAAUACACCUGACUACGCUGCGGCGCUUGCGACAUGGGAGGCAGAGCGUGCGAAAGACCAUCUAAAGGCUGGAACUGUUCGCUUCUACGAAGAGCAACUGAAAGGAUUUCUGGGUGGAUUCAACUACCGCAACAAGUCACUCUUGUCAUGCAUCCGCGAGACGGCGUAUCGUAUGUGCAUGCCGGGAGAGGCCCAAAAAAUUGAUCGUGUUAUGGAGGCAUUUGCAAAAAUGUGGGCCAGUAGCAAUCAUGAUGUAGGGAAGGAAAUCAACCCGUUCUGUAGCGAGCAGGGCCCUUUUAUUCUGGCCUUCUCAUUGAUUAUGCUCAACACGGACCAGCAUUCGGGCAAGAUGAACAAACCAAUGACACAAGAGGAUUUUCGCCGUGUACACCGAGACAGCGAUGGUGGCAAUAGUCUCCCAGAGGAGUAUUUGAAUCAUCUGUUUGACGACGUUAAGUUGCAUCCUAUUAUCAUGGCUGAGAUGAUCAACGCGGGAUUUACAAACGACGUCACAUGGUCAUUGGAAAUGCAAGAGCAUGGGUUGCCUGUGGGCACAGUGCGGCGGGAUGCCAUUUUAGGGUGCUCCAUGCAAUCAACAUCAUCAAAUAAUUCGGAAUUGGGUUUUAUACAGGCUUUACAUCCAUUCAUAUUCCGUGCUGUGUGGAAAUAUGGUCUCACGGUGUACUCCAACACACUGGAGAGUUGCAGACCCCUUCUUGAAUAUGAUGCUACAGAAGGGGAAGGAUAUACGAAUGGAGACAGCUCAAACAGCGAAGCCACAUUGUCCACAGCUGAAAAUGCGUGUAACAGCGCCCUUGACGGCCUGUGCCAUUUAGCAAGGGCGGCUGCGCAUUUUGGCCUUGCUUCCGCUGUUGACCGUGUCAUCCUUGUGAUACUCUCUCAGGUUCCGCUUGAUAUGAAGGAUCCACACGGUUCGCUGGUUCGCCUUGGUGGGCAGCGCUUCCCACUGCGCUGUUUAGAAAAGUUGCUUCAUUUGCUCAAGGAGUGCCUGCCUGUUGUGAUGGAUUCAUGGGAGGCGUUGGGACACUUGUUCUGCAAACUUUUCUUGUUGGGCAUGUUUGCCAAAGACCCAAAGGCGACCCCGGAAACUACGGAGCUAUGGGAGGAGUUGUGCGGCAACCCAGGCAUUGUUGUUUCGGGAGCAAGGCGUGCGCAAUCGGAGGUUGGCUGGUUUGCGGCCCUGUGGGUCUCCUCCACCUCACCCGAACGCGCCAGGGCGCAGGAAAGCGAAGAGCGACGGGCGAUGGACCGAGUUAAAGCGAUUCUUCCAACGAUUGAAGAGUUCCUGCUCAUGAUUGACAGCCUCGCAGAAAGGCCACACCAACAGUUUACCCGCGCUUUGUGUGACGAAGGAGCACUUAAGACAAGGACGACGGCCAAGAGCUAUGCGGCUUCGUAUACAAUGAUUCUUGUUACUGAGGUUGCGGUACGCCGUCUUGGCGAUAGUGUCGUGGUGGAUCGCUACGCGAAGUUCUGUCAGCAGGUGACAUCAAGUGUCUUCGCGGUUUUCGAGCAGCCCAAGUACGCAAACUCGAGUAGCAGCAGCAGCAGCAUUGGUGCUAGCAAAGCCCAUGGUCCUGUCGAUGAUGAUUUUUCUCUUGUGGAGCUUGGGCACCCGAUGAGUGCCGAUGCUUACACUUAUUGGCAAUUGGUAGCGGCUCGUGUGGUUGGAGCUGUAGUUCGGGCAAUAAAACAUUUUGCGUGUAAUGCGUUGUCUCGUGAUGUGGCAUUGCAGAUUCUCAGUCUUUUAACCACCGCACCUGUCAAGGCGUUCAACGCUGCUGUGGCUCCCACACUUUCCAGUGCCUUGAUGGAGUUUCUCGUGGAGCCACAUUAUCUUACUCAUAUACCGCCGCAUGGGCUUUUAGAGGGGCUUUUAAAUGCAUUAUGCGUGACCAUCACCACUUGUGACAAUCCACUCGUGCAAUGGCGAACAAGAAAGGCUUUUGCAGCUCUCGUGACACGAGGCUUGUACGAUCCUUUGGAUGACAGUGAGAGCGUUGUGAACGCCUUGGUGGCAUGCGCAUUGGAGGCACCCAGUGUAGACGCAGCUAUAUCGCCCUCUGUUCCUCCUCCUCCUGCCGCUGCUGCUGCUACUUCUACUUCUAGUGCAGUAGCUGCUUCUGGGUUACUGCCGAGUGAGUUGCUUCAAAAAGGGCCUCUGGAGAGCUUUGCGGACAUGAUAACAUUGGUGUGCCGCCGUCUCGCUGCGACCCACAACAAAGGAGCCGUCUAUGCCGUAGGAACAGAUUGGUAUCGGCCGUGGAUUGCCUCUCUUCGUGGCCUGUGCGGUCUAGUUGUGCUGUCACGUCCGUACCGCGAUCGAAGCGAUGCUCUUCUUUGCUUGCAGCGCUGUCUUCUGGACUCAGAAAUCAAGCAUCUACCAGCAACAGCAGUUGCGGCCCUUUACGAGGAUGCCAUUUUUCCUCUCACCGAGCAAAUGUGUGCACCGUCUUCAUCAUCAUCUUCGUCAAGAAUUUCUCCACCCCAAGGCGCUAAACCGCCUUCUGGCGUAUCUGUCAAUACACCGGCAAUGCAGUCGUUUGUGACAAGCCUCUUUAGCCCACUGGCCCCAUUGCCGCCGUCAAGGCGGGCUGUAACGUCGAAUAAUGCUGUCCGCGCACCAGGCAUAACAAAGGACGCUCGUUUAGUGACAAUUGAUUUGAAAUGCCGUAUUGUAGGCCUUUUGCCGAAGGUGUUCCUGCAUUACAUGAAGUCCCUGAGUGAGACACCCGAGAUACUACAGGAGUUGUGGCAGCGCAUACUAGGAACCCUUUAUGCACUCUACACCGCGCCCACUGACGGUGUCUUGGCCGAUGCAGAGGGUACCACACGCGACCCGAAGGAGUCGGCAAAGACGAUUGGCGUGGCGGAGGAUGAGGCGGCUUUGCGCGAAGCAAUCCAAGAAACGGUAAAGAACAUGAUUUAUGUUCUUGCAGCUACACUGGGUGAGGUGGAGGGUGUGCAGAUACUGCGGCGGACACCGUACUUUUGGACGUCCACGAAGAAUCUCUUGCGCACGUUCGACUUCGCUGAGCCUCUGCUUGUCUUCAUUGAGGGCCUAGAGAGCUGA